AUGGAUCAAACAGAAAAGUCUUUACAAUCUGUUUCAACGGUAGAGAGCGAGGAAGAUUAUGGACCGUUACUGAUUGGAAAGUUAGAGGGCAAUGGAAUCACAAAUGGAGACAUCAAAAAGCUUACCGAGGCCGGUUUUCACACCGUCGAAUCGGUUGCUUACACACCGAAAAAGCACUUGCUUGCGAUCAAAGGCAUUUCCGAAGCGAAGGCUGACAAAAUACUCCAGGAAGCAUCGAAGCACGUACCGAUGGGCUUUACAACAGCCACUGAAUAUCACCAGAAGCGAUCGGAAAUUAUCCAACUUACUACGGGAUCAAAAGAGUUGGACAAGCUGCUCGGCGGUGGCAUUGAAACGGGUAGCAUCACCGAGGUGUUUGGCGAGUUUCGCACCGGCAAAACACAACUGUGCCACACGUUGGCCGUCACAUGCCAACUGCCGGUGAGUCAGAACGGUGGCGAAGGCAAAUGUAUGUACAUCGACACGGAGGGAACGUUUCGACCGGAGCGACUGGCAGCUACCGCCGAACGGUAUAAACUGGUGGGAUCGGACGUGUUGGACAAUGUGGCCUAUGCGAGAGCGUACAACACCGACCACCAGAUGCAACUGCUGGUGCAAGGGUCGGCCAUGAUGGCAGAAUCUCGAUACGCACUUAUCAUAGUGGACAGUGCCACCAGCCUGUUCCGAACGGAUUACAGCGGACGGGGUGAGCUAGCAGCACGGCAGACACAUUUGGCGAAAUUCAUGCGCAUGUUGUUACGGAUGGCGGACGAAUUUGGGGUUGCGGUUUUGAUCACGAAUCAAGUCGUGGCUCAGGUGGACGGUGCGGCUAUGUUUAAUCCCGAUCCGAAGAAACCGAUUGGAGGCAAUAUAAUAGCACAUGCGUCUACCACCCGGUUGUACUUGCGGAAGGGUCGGGGUGAAGCGAGAAUCUGUAAAAUUUAUGACUCGCCAUGCUUGGCCGAGGGGGAAGCCACGUUCGCUAUCAACCCGGACGGGAUUGGCGAUGUGAAGGAGUAG